AUGGGUGAUCUAGUUACCACAACUGUCAAGAAGGAAGGAGGCUCGUCCUCUAUAAAGUGUCCAAUGUUAAACACAACCAAUUACACCGUGUGGUCAAUACGGAUGAAGAUGUUGCUUCGGGUUCAUAAGGUGUGGGAAGUAGUCGAGCAAGAAUCGACUAACGACGAGAAGAACGACAUGGCGUCAGCGCUCUUGUUUCAAUCGAUCCCGGAGAGCAUGAUCCUACAAGUGGGAGGACUGGAUACCGCAAAGAAAAUAUGGGAAGCAAUCAAAACUCGCCAUGUGGGAGCUGAUAGGGUAAGAGAGGCACGACUUCAAACCCUCAUGACUGAGUUCGAGCGGCUAAAGAUGAAAGAAACUGAUAAGAUCGAUGACUUUGUGGGCAAGCUAUCGGAAAUAUCAUCGAAGUCAGCUGCACUGGGAGAGAAUAUGGAAGAAGCUAAACUCGUGAAAAAAUUCCUGCAAGGCUUACCACACAAGAAGUAUAUUCAUAUAGUUGCUUCUCUUGAACAGCUAUUGGAUUUAAACAACACGGGUUUCGAAGACGUUGUCGGUCGCUUGAAAGCAUACGAAGAACGAAUUUCUGCGGAAGAAGAAGAGGAUACACAAGAAAGCCAGAGCAAGCUUAUGUAUAUGCUUAUGAUACAUGAAAUUGUCUAUCUCAACGAGCGAAACGUAAAGCCCAAGGAGUUUGAUUCCAAUACUGACGGUGACAGAAUAUGGUACUUAGACAACGGAGCAAGUAACCAUAUGACUGGAAAUAGAAGUUAUUUCAGAUCCAUUGAUGAAACAAUCACUGGAAAAGUUUGUUUCGGUGAUGAUUCAAGAAUAGACAUCAAAGGAAAGGGGUCUGUGUUGUUUGUGAGCCAAGACGGAAGGAGAAAGAUCCUUGCUGACGUUUACUUUAUUCCAGAGUUGAAGAGUAAUAUUAUAAGUCUCGGACAAGCUACAGAAUCGGGAUGUGAUGUAAGAAUGAGAAAAGAUUACCUUACCCUCCAUGAUAAAACUGGAAACUUGAUCGUAAAGGCACCAACGUCCAAAAACAGAUUAUAUAAAGUCAUAAUGGAGGUGGAACAACACAAGUGCUUGCAACUUGAGAUUAAGAAUGAUUACUCUCGUUGGCAUGCACGCUUAGGACAUCUUGGAGCCGAUGCAAUGAAGUCAAUGGUAGGGAAGGAACUCGUCACCGGUAGGGAAGGAACUCGUCACCGGUCUUCCCAAAAUCAAAGUCGAGAAGGAGACUUGCGAUUCCUGCUUACGUGGUAA